UUCCCCGGUGGCCGCGUCAUCCGCCGCUCACGGAGCGAGCCAACGGGGCCGGCGGCCGCCCCGCUCGCCCCUCGCCCGCCGUCGGACGGAGCGGCCAUGGGGGACUGGAGCCUGCUGGGGCGGCUGCUGGAGGGCGCCCAGGAGCACUCGACGGCGGUGGGGCAGGUCUGGCUCUCCGUCCUCUUCGUCUUCCGCAUCCUGGUGCUGGGGGCGGCCGCGGAGCGCGCCUGGGGCGACGAGCUGGCCGGCUUCGCCUGCGACACGCAGCAGCCCGGCUGCCAGAGCGCCUGCUACGACAGCGCCUUCCCCAUCUCCCACCUCCGCUUCUGGGUGCUGCAGAUCAUCUUCGUCUCCACCCCCAGCCUGGUCUACCUGGGCCACGUCCUGCACCUGCUGCGCCGGCAGGAGAAGGCCCGGCAGCGCCCGGCGGCGGCAGCGGCGCUGCGGGCCGGCGGCGGGGUCCCGCGGCGGCGGCGGCCCGGCCGGGACGUGCGGGGCCGGGGCCGCCUGCGGGGCGCCGUCCUGAGGACCUACGUCUGCAGCGUGGUCUCCAAGGCGCUCCUGGAGGUGGGCUUCAUGGCGGGCCAGUGCGCCCUGUACGGCUUCGCGCUGGAGCCCCUCUACGCCUGCCGCCGCUGGCCCUGCCCCAACGCCGUCAACUGCUACGUGUCCCGGCCCACCGAGAAGACCAUCUUCAUCCUCUUCAUGCUGGCGGUGGCCUGCGUCUCCCUGCUGCUCAACCUCGUCGAGAUCUACCACCUGGCCACCACCAAGUGCCGCCCGGGCGCCCGGCCCCGCGGGAAGCGGCCGGCGGGGGUCCUGGCGGUGUGAGCGCGGCGGCGGAG